AUGAGAUCAGAGAUUUUUUUGUGUGUCUUUCAAGUCGAAAGAAGACUAAACGGCAGCAUUUGUACAAUUGAUUUAUUCUUUCUUUCUUUACAACAUCUUUUUCUUUUCGAUCUCUUCUGUAUUUCUUUGUUUCUUGCUUCUUUUCGAUCUCUUUUGCAUUUCUUUCUUUCCUUCUUUCUUCUUUUCGAUCUCUUUUGCAUUUCUUUCUUUCCUUCUUUCUUCUUUUCGAUUUCCUCUUUCUUUCUUACUUUCUUCUUUUCGAUUUCUUCUGUAUUUUUUCUUUCCUUCUUUCUUCUUUUCGAUUUCCUCUUUCUUUCUUACUUUUUUCUUUUCGAUUUCCUCUUUCUUUCCUUCUUUCUUCUUUUCGAUCUCUUCUGUAUUUUUUCUUUCCUUCUUUCUUCUUUUCGUUUCCUUUCUUUCUUGACGAUCACUUUCGUUCGUCUUUUUUAUCUCUUCUGCAUUUUUCUAUUCUUCUUUCUUCUUUUCGGUCUCUUUUUUCUUCUUUUCGAUCUCUUUAGUGAUCUUUCUUUCUUUCUUUCUUUCUUUCUUUCUUUCGUCUUCUCGAUCUCGUCUGUAUUUUUUAUUUCUGUCUUUCUUAUUUUCCGUCUGUUCUUUCUUUCAUUCCAAUCUCUUUCUUUCGUCUGUUCUGAUCACUUCUGUAUUUUUCUUCCUUUAUUUCUUCUUUUCGAUCUCUUUUUUCUUAAUUUUUCUUUCUUUCUUUCUUUCUUUCUUUCUUCUUUUCGGUCUCUCCUUUCUUUCUUUCUUUCUUUCUUUUUGAUCUCUUUCUUUCUUUCUUUCUUUCUUUCUUUCAUCUUUUCGAAUUCUGCUUGCUUCGUAUUUUCAAUCUCUUCUGUAUUUUUCAUUCCUUCACUCGACCUUUCCUUUCUAUUCGAUGUUUUUUUUUUCUUUCAUCUUUUUGAUCUCUUCUUUCUUUCUUUCGUCAUUUCUUUUGUAUUUUUUCAUUUCUUAUUUCUUCUAUUCGAACUCUUUAUUCUUUCUCCUUUUCGAUCUCUUCUACAUUCUCUUUCUUUCUCCUUUUCCAUCUCUUUAUUUCUUUCCUGGUCUCUUCUUUUCAAUAUCUUCUUGUCAAUCACUUUCUUUCUUUCUUUCUUUCUUUCUUUCUUUCUUUCAUUUGGAAUUCUUCUUUCUUUCUUUCUUUCUUAUUUUCGAUCUCUUCUUGUCAAUCAAUGUCUUUCUUUCCUUCUUUCAUUUGGAACACUUCUUUCUUCCUUUUUCUUAUCUUUGAUCUCUUCUUCUUGUUAA